AAGACGCAACAGCCACCGGUGACCCUUGUCGUGUGACUAUCGACAUCCUCACGAUCUUUCCGUCGGCAGCGAAUUAUCGAGGACAAUGAUUUAUGACACCAAAAGAAGUGCGCCGCCGCAAGCUUGGCACGAUGUCGUACAAUUUUCAUUAGACCACAGCCCUCACAAGUUAACGUGACUCUGUGCCUUAUAAGUAUUUUUCAUGUCGCAACUAGAAGACGAUGCCUAUGCUCUUGAAUGGAACAACAACAUAUCUGUUGCAAUAAUUACCCUGUUAUCCUAUGAGUGCAUUCUUCAGUUCGAGAAAGAGGUAACGAGGAGCUCGUUUUAUUUUCGUCGAGUACUCACGAUCAUCUUAUCGCAGGUCAAGUUUGUUUGGGGAAGACAGUGGUCAGUGAUGACAUAUCUAUACCUCGUUGUUCGAUACUUUGGGGUUUUCAUUGCAAUUACUUGCGCCUGUUGGGGUGGUCUAUUUUAUAUACCUGAAGCACCGUACGUCAGAAUCAUUCUCAUCUGGCGUCUUUACGCUCUAUACAACCAAUCCAAGCCUAUACUUUAUGUUCUCCUGGGGUUAUUCAUACCUGUCAUCGCGCUCUACAUAGCGAUGGAUAUAUUUUUAUGGAGUCGACCUUCAGCGAUCUCAACGGAGGAAGUGAUGAUAACUCCGAAUAUCAAGUAUUGCACGGCUUCGUUCCACAUCGGGCCCAUGCCUGCGAUAUAUGCUUCCAUCCCCAUCAUAUGCUAUGAUAUUUUCCUAGUUAUUCUCGCAAUCGCUGUCCUCAAGAAACACCUCAGGGAACGGAAGGAACUCAAAAUGAGGCCUAACACCUAUGUAAUAAUGAUCGUCCAACAUCAUAUCAUAUACUUUGUCCUGAAUCUGGCAUGCCAAAUUUUCAUGGCGAUACUGUGGGCCAACCUUCCGACGGUAGCGAGGAAUCUCGUACUGUUGUUCAAGGAUACUGCACCAUUCAUUAUCGUGCCUCGUCUUAUCAUCAGCAUUUGGGACACGCAUGCCAAUGAAAGCUGCGUACAUGUCAGUACGACGUUCGAAGAUUGCGUAUGUUGGACUUCGCCACCAGAAUUCGAUCAGCACGAAAUGGGCUCCUGCGCAUGAUCGUUCCUAAACGGGGAAGGAGGUAGAGUGAGGUCUUUCAAGCCCUCGGGCUCUAGCAAAACUCUUUGAUACUUGUGCAUGGGAGCAAGUAGUUCAGGGCCGAUUUUUCAUGUAUCUAUGUACUAUCAUGUCCACAAAAUAUCAGCAUA